AUGCAGCAAUCAAGACAUGCUCCAACUGAGAGAAAGUUGACUCCCAACAACACAAAUUCUUCUGAACAACAAUUACAACCACCUCAAGCAAAAUCUCCUACAAGUGCCUCCUUUCUUUUACAGUUUGAUAAAACAGCUGUCGUGAACACGGGAACUCCAGGAGUUUCAGCUUCUCUAAUGGGAGUGUCGACCACCUCAGCAACAUCCAAGUCGACACCACCUCCAACGAUUACCAGUGGAAAUGUUUCAAGUAGUAGUGGUAGUACUAGUAGUAACGGUAGCAGUGGUCAGCAGCUCCAUCACACUCCCAGUGGUGGUGGUAAACCGAAACCUUUUCCUCUCACUGAGUUUCAGGAUGAGAUUUUAACUCUCUCGAAUCAAUCGUUGAAUCAAAACACAGAACAAGUGCUCAUGGAUGACUUUAAAUUUGGUGAUUUGAUUGUUGUUUCUAAUCGUUUACCAAUGACUAUUAGUAGAAAUCCAAAUUCUGUCAUUAUUCAUGGCAACUCGAAUUCUUCACAUGGAAUGGAUUCAAAGAAGGGCGUUUCCAAAGAUGUUCAUCCUCAGAACAAACAUGCUAAUCAUUCACAACAACAACAACAACAUACUCCUCAACAGUCACCUCAAAUGCAAGAUCAUUCCUCCAAUUUCAUCUUUAAAAAGAGUAGUGGAGGUCUUGUCACAGCUCUCACUGGAAUGUGUAAAGGUCAAUUCAAAAAAGAUUUCAAAUGGAUUGGAUGGAUUGGAACAGCAGAAUUUGAAUUAGAGGAAGAAAAAGCCGAGUUGAGACAUGAACUUGAAAAAUUCAAUCAAUAUCCAGUAUUCUUGGAAGCAGAAGAAGCACACAAGUAUUACGAUGGAUUUAGUAAUGGAGUCUUGUGGCCUCUGUUUCAUUACUUGUAUGAAAAGAAUGUUACUUUCAAUAUGGCAGAAUGGGAAGCUUAUCAGAGAGUGAAUGAAAAGUUUGCAGAUGCUGUUUUGGAAGUCUAUAAGGAUAACGAUGCAGUGUGGAUUCAUGAUUAUCAUCUCAUGUUGUUACCAGCCAUUCUCAGACAUCGUCGACCUGAUAUUAAUAUUGCCUUCUUCCUUCACAUUCCAUUUCCUUCGAGUGAAAUUUAUAGAAUUCUUCCAGUCCGUUCACAACUCUUGGAAGGUCUUUUGGCAUCGAAUAUGGUUGCAUUUCACACGUACGACUUUGCACGACAUUUUCUUUCCAGCUGUACUCGUACACUCGGUUCUGACACUACUCCUCGUGGUUUGCUCCAUAAGGGUCUGUUCGUUUCGGUGCAUUCCUUGCCUAUUGGAAUUGAUCCCAACAUGUUUCGUGAGGGUGUUCAAAGUGAUGAAUGUAGAAAAAUCUUGGAUGAUUUCAAGAAUGUGAAAUAUAAGGGAAAGAAGAUUGUGUUGGGUAUUGAUCGUUUGGAUUACACGAAGGGAGUCCAGUUGAAAUUUGAGGCUUUUGAAAAGUUUUUAACAAACUAUCCUCAAUAUGCCAAUGACACUGUGUUGAUUCAAGUAGGUGUUCCAACAAGACCCAAUGUGGUCGAGUAUCAAGAGUUGUUGAGUCAUGUCAAUGAAACGACAGGAAGAAUUAAUUCCACUUUUGGAACAUUGACUCAUGGAUUUCCAGUGCACUUCUUGUACAAGAGUGUGGCAUUGCCUGAAUUGUGUGCAUUGUACACAUUGGCAGAUGUGUGUUUGGUAACAUCUAUUCGAGAUGGAAUGAAUUUGGUGAGUUCUGAAUAUGUGGUUUGUCAAGAUGAAGCUGUUCGAUUGGGAGUGAAGAGUGUGAAAGAAUUGGGAGUGUUAAUCUUGAGUGAAUUUGCUGGAGCUGCUCGAUCACUCGGUGGUUCUAUCAUUAUUAAUCCAUGGGACAUUGAUCAAACCAUGAAAGCGAUUAAGGAUGGAUUAGAUAUGAAACCAGCUGAAAAACAUGUUCGUCACAAAGCCAACAUUUCCAUCAUUAUGAGAAAUACUGCCUCUCAAUGGGCCAGUGAUUUCAUGCAGGAAUUUGAAUCUGCUUGUCGAUAUCAAAAAGAUCCAACCGUUUUCAACAAACUCACUCUGAAGGGUUUACCUGCGUUGAAAUUGGAAGCACUCAUUCCAGAAUAUCAAUCAGAACAAAAGAGACUCUUCCUCUUUGACUAUGAUGGAACAUUGGUCAAGAUGGCUCGAAAUCCAAUGUUAGCUCUUCCUUCAGAACGUUGUCUUGAAAUGUUGAAACAUCUUUGUAGUGAUCCGAAUAAUCAUGUAUAUAUCAUUACUGGAAGAGAUCAGUAUCAAAUGACCGAAUUUGUUGGUUCCAUUAAGGAAUUAGGAAUUGCCAGUGAACAUGGACUAUUUUGUAGACAUCCCAAUUCUGAAGAGUUCACUUCUUCCUUGUACAAUAUUGAUUUAGAAUCUUUGAAUUGGAUUGGAAUGGUUAGGGAAAUUCUUGAACAUGUUUCGAGCAGAACUCCUGGUUCCUUUGUCGAGGUGAAACGAUCGUCUCUCGCAUUCCACUAUCGUAACUCGGAUCCAGAUUAUGGCGAAUGGAUUGUCAAUGAAUUGAAACUUCAUUUGGAAAUGGCCUUCAAUUCUCUUCCAUUGGAAAUUAUUAAGGGAAGAAACAAAUUUUUAGAAAUUCGACCUCAAUCGGUGAGUAAGGGAGCAUGUGCCAGAAAGUUGAUUGAGAGAGGUGACUAUGGAUUUAUAUUCUGUGCUGGAGAUGAUAAUACGGAUGAAGCCAUGUUUGAAGAGGUGGAGAGACAUUCUCGUAAAAACAUUACACCCAUGUCACCAACACCCUCAACUCCAACGAUUGGAGUGUCAUCCGUGUCAUCGCAAGGAAGUGAAUCUCCAUGGAGUCCAAAGCCGGCACAAGUUCAUUCUCCUCAAUCUCCUUCUCAUCGAUAUACUCCAGCAGUGGGUGGCUUUGCAAGAAAUACCUCCAUCAUCAUUCCAAAAAGCGUCUUUUCUGUGUUUGUUGGUAAUGAUAAGAUUGUCACUAAGGCAAGGUAUCAUGUGGGAAAUAUUGAUCAUCUCAUGAAAGUACUUGAAGGAUUGCCUGUCGCUCAGUAUCGUUAG